AUGCGCAUUCGUCUACAACCUCGCCGGAGACCACAAGGUAAGCGACCCCCAGGUAAGCUGAAUGUUGCUUUGUUGUCUUUGUCUGCUCACCGUCUCCAUUUCAGCAAUGAGCUAGCUCAACGGCUAGACAACCUCCCCAUCGCCGAUGCCGCCGCCGCUGCCGAGAACGCCUCCGUGGAGAAUCGCUGGUGUCAACUGCGAGACACGGUCCAGUCGACGGCGCUCGCCGUCCUUGGUCGCGCUCCCCGCCAACACCAGGACUGGUUCGACGACAACGACACCGCCAUCAGGGAUCUGCUUGCUGAGAAGAACCGCCUCCAUAAAGCCUACGAAGAUCACCCCACUGAGGAUAACAAAGCUGCCUUCUACCGCAGUCGCCGACAGCUUCAGCAACGGCUGCGCGAGAUGCAGGACGCCUGGACUGCUCGCAAAGCUGAGGAGAUCCAAGGCUACGCGGACCGCAACGAAUGGAAGAACUUCUUCUCUGCGAUCAAAGCUAUCUACGGCCCGCCGACGAAGGGCACUGCUCCUCUCCUCAGCGCCGACGGCUGCACUCUCCUGACUGAGAAGACACAAAUUCUACAGCGAUGGGCUGAGCACUUCCGAUGUGUCUUCAACCGCCCCUCCGUCAUCUCCGACGCCGCCGUCGAACGUCUGCCACAAGUGGAGACCAACGUGGACCUCGACCUCCCGCCAUCUCUCCAGGAAACCAUCAGCGCCGUGCAGCAGCUCUCCAGCGGGAAAGCACCCGGAUCGGACGCGAUCCCUGCUGAGGUCUACAAGCACGGAGGUCCCCAACUAAUGGAUCACCUGACUGCGCUCUUCCAGGGGAUGUGGCGUCAAGGUGA